AUGAAAUUCCUCUCUUCAAUCUACAGCAAAGGCAUCCACGUUCGCCCAGCCUCCUGCGGAUGCCCCACUAAAACAUUCAUCACCAAUGCCGAGCCCCGACCCUCGUCGCCACAAAACCUUGAAACUUGUACAUCACCAACAGCCAAACCAUGCUUCCACGACUCCCUUUCACGACAGCGCGCGCGCGCCGCCGAUGCCUUGCUCUCCCCUCCACCCACCGUCACUUCAUCCCCGUCCUCGCCGCCGCCGCCCGCCGCCACGCCUCCUCCUUCGGAGCUUCCCGUCAAGGAGCAGGCCGAGUUUGAGCGCCUGCAGCGCGAAGCCACCGUCUCCUCCGCCUUUCAGCCCGAGCCUGCCAACGCUGCCUCCGAGACGACAACGCAAGCGGCUGCAACGGCAGACACGGAGCUCAACGAGGGAGGCGGAUUGUACCGCGGUGUCCGGCCCGAGUUCGAAGGCGACAAGAACCCGUGCACCGGAGAGGUCGGCGGGCCUAAGAACGAGCCGCUGCGCUGGGGUAGCGAGGGCGACUGGAGCUACAACGGCAAGGUGACGGAUUUCUAA